CGCAGACAAAAGCUAUUAACUAGAUCCGCCUGUUUCGUACUUCUUCGUUAGUCUCAAAGGGUUUUAGUCAAAAACUCCCUCCACUCCUUUGACUGAUACGAAAAAAACAAAGAUCCGAUCCGAGAAACAUCAGUUUCUUCGCCCAUGGAAACUCUCUCUCCGCCUAUCAUCACCUCCACCCUCUCGAUUCCUUACAGCAACAGCUCUGUUCUCCGUAGGUCUCACGGUCUCAGCUCGUUAAUCCUCCGGAAACAGAGAUCUCCGGCGGCAAAUCUCUCGCUGAUCUCUUCUCGCAGCUCUUUCGCUCGAGCUUCAGCGGUUGAACACGGCAAAAGCUCGGCUUCGAUCGAUCUCAGCGAUCCGAAUUGGAAAAGAAAGUACGAGAGAGAGUUCGAGGAAAGAUUCAGCAUCCCUCACAUCACUGACGUCUUCCCAGAUGCUGAAGCUAUACGUUCUACGUUUUGUCUCAAGAUGAGGUCUCCUACGGAGGAAUUUGUUGGUGGUUAUCCUUCUGAUGAAGAAUGGCAUGGAUACAUUAAUAACAAUGAUAGGGUUCUUCUCAAGGUUAUUAGAUACUCUUCACCAACUUCUGCUGGAGCUGAGUGCAUUGAUUCCGACUGUUCUUGGGUUGAGCAAUGGAUUCACCGUGCUGGGCCGAGGGAGAAGAUAUACUUCAGACCGGAACAAGUGAAGGCUGCCAUCAUCACUUGUGGUGGGCUUUGUCCUGGUCUCAAUGAUGUCAUCAGACAUAUUGUCAUCACUCUUGAGAUUUAUGGUGUUAAGAACAUUGUUGGGAUUCCUUUUGGUUACAAAGGCUUCUCUGAUAAAGAUCUAACCGAAAUGCCGUUAUCAAGGAAAGUGGUUCAGAACAUUCAUCUAUCUGGAGGAAGCUUGCUUGGAGUUUCACGUGGAGGUCCUAGUGUGAGCGAAAUUGUUGACAGCAUGGAGGAGAGAGGAAUCAACAUGCUUUUUGUGCUUGGUGGAAACGGGACUCAUGCUGGCGCGAACGCUAUACACAAUGAGUGCCGCAAAAGAAAGAUGAAGGUAGCUGUAGUUGGUGUGCCAAAAACCAUUGACAAUGAUAUAUUGCACAUGGAUAAGACAUUUGGGUUUGAUACUGCUGUUGAAGAAGCACAACGAGCUAUAAACUCCGCCUACAUUGAGGCACAUAGUGCUUAUCAUGGCAUUGGCAUUGUAAAACUGAUGGGUCGUAACAGUGGUUUCAUUGCCAUGCAAGCCUCUUUAGCAAGCGGACAAGUCGACAUCUGUUUGAUUCCUGAGGUUCCUUUCAAUAUUCAUGGACCUAAUGGUGUACUGAAGCACUUGAAGUACCUUAUCGAAACAAAAGGCUCCGCUGUGAUCUGUGUAGCAGAAGGAGCUGGACAGAAUCUCCUCGAGAAAACUAAUGCAAAAGAUGCUUCUGGAAACACGAUACUUGGUGAUUUCGGUGUCCACAUUCAACAAGAGACGAAAAAGUACUUUAAAGAAGUAAGUAUGCCAGUAGAUGUGAAGUACAUUGAUCCAACAUACAUGAUUCGAGCUGUCCGUGCAAAUGCCUCAGAUGGUAUCCUCUGCACCGUUCUUGGACAAAACGCUGUUCAUGGUGCAUUUGCUGGAUACAGUGGCAUCACAGUAGGCAUAAUCAACACUCAUUACGCGUAUUUGCCAAUCCCUGAAGUAAUUGCGUAUCCAAAGUCAGUCGAUCCCAAUAGUCGAAUGUGGCAUCGUUGCUUGACUUCAACAGGCCAACCAGAUUUCAUCUAAAGAAAGGUUUCUUAUUCACUCUUGAAACGUAUCAAUAAAAGAAAGCCACGAAAUAUGUAUAUACAUCAUUCUUGGUUCCUCAUCAUUUAAUACAUUAUAGUCCUCAAAAAAAAAAAUAAGAAACUGUAUUUCUAUCACUAUGGACCACUUUGAUUUAGUUGUUUUUUCUGUCUCUUACUUCAACUUGUUUCUCCUGAAUCUGUUCACUAUGCAACGAACAUUCACCUCUAAGAUCGUGAUUUUGCAAACGUUCACAGAAUCUGUUUAUGUACAACCUUUUUUGUACGUGUUUAUUUGAUUUCUUUUUGGUACGUUGGCCU